UGAUUUGAUAACGUUAUCCUUGGCUGUUUUUGUUACAUAAAUAAGUAAUGUAAAAAAAUCUAAAGGGGAUUUUUUAGUGGUUACUAUAAGAUUGAACCACUUAAACACCAUGAAUCAUUUUUAUUUGCUUCACAUUUUGAAUAUAAAAAGUAUUAAUCAUCAACGUAUAAAAAGAAAUAUCUAUCAUUACACAUUGUAUAUAACAAUUUGAUAAUCUAGUCAUAAUUUUGGAUAGAUAGAUAAUAAAGAGAUAUUGCACAUCGCAAACAGGAACAAAGCGAACUUUGUAUAUAAAACAGUAUCAGUUUAUAUCAAGGUCUAGUGGUAUUGUUUAUAAUUGACGAACAUCCUCUGAAUAUAAUUUGUACAGAACUAUUUAUAAAUGACAGUGCACACUAUUCCGUAGAUCGGAGGAACUCGAUAGAAAUAAAUCAAAAUUAAAAAUAACCAUGGUUGAUGAAGAAAGAAGAAAUUUUAAAUUUCACUUUCCGGAGAUGAUCAUAUUUUUAUUCUUUUUCGGAGUAAUGUUAUCAGAACCUGUAAGUAAUAAUUUUUUAAUUUACCGCACGUGUUAUACCAUUUUAAAUUUCAACGAAUCCGAUUGUGCUAAAUUAGGUACAAAAAAUGCGGAUAAUUCUACGGCUGAAUUAGAAAAACAAGUCCAACCAUACGCGAAUGUAUUGAGCAUGGUUUUAACUUGGCCGGCGCAAAUAAUCCCGGCUAUUUUAUGUUUAUUUGUUGGACCGUGGUCCGAUAAAAAUGGAAGAAAACCCGUGAUGAUAUCGGCUUUUAUAGGUUUUACAAUAAGUUCGACUUGCCAAGUUGUUAUUUCUUUGAUACCACGGUUGUCACCUUGGUAUACAAUUAUACCAAAUCUGAUCUCAGUUUUAUUUGGUGGAUUUAGUCCGGUUAUGAUGUUAUUAUUAUGUUAUGUCACUGAUAUAACAACAGAUCAAAAUAGAGGAAUAAGAUUAGGAAUUUUUGAAGGAGUAUUUGGUUUAGGAAGUCUCUUAGGCACAUUUUUAAGUUCCUACAUAUUCAAUUUUGUGGGCUAUCCAGGCGUUUUUGCCACAACGGCAGCAUGUAACAUUCUGGCGCUACUUUACAUCGUUUUCAUUUUACCAGAAACGGUAAAUAGGCGAAUCGACGAAGAUAACAACAUAAUUUCAAUUGAAAACGUUAAAGAUAUGUUUAGCGCGUUAUUCAAAAAACGUCCGAAUCAUUUAAGGACAGUUAUUUUAAUAAGUAUUACCGUAAUGAUGUUGUUUAUAAUGUCAAAUAUGGAUGGAGGGAUAUUUUUUUAUUACCUCAGGGAAAAAUUUCAUUGGGAUUUACAAAAAUAUACGACAUUUAAAAGCAUUCGUGAUUUAACUUUGACGGUAGGGUCGUUUUUGGGGCUUGUUAUUUUGCAUAAAUGGUUGAAAAUCCACGAAAUGAUUAUUGUUGUAUUGGCUUUAAUAUUAAUCUGUAAUGGUGCUAUUGUUCAAGCUAUUGCUGUUAACGAUUGGCAGAUAAUUCUUGCUGCUUGUUUAAGACUUAUAACAGGAACAAUUAGUCCUAUGAUAAGAUCGUUUAUAUCAAAAUUGGUUUCGCACGCCGAUAUAGGGAAAAUUUUUUCAACUACAGUUACUUUAGAGACUUUUGCAAUGAUUAUUGGAUCUCCAGCUUAUACUUUAUUGUAUAAUUCAACUUUAAACGAUUUUCCUGGUGCUUAUAAUUUACUCACAGCAAGCAUUUGUCUAGUUAUGAUUAUUUUAACGAUAAUCAUAAUUAUCCUGAAAAAGAAUUACUUAUCAAGGAACGUACCUUUUGAACUGAUAGUUGAUGUGGACUCAGACUAAAUUAAAUGAAUGUAUUAAAAUAUUGUGAUGUUAUAUUUAAGAUUUCUUUUUAAAUAAUGUUAUUAAAUAAAUGUUUUUCAUUAUUUUGGAGUAAUUGAAUAUAAUUCACAUCUAAUUCAAUCAUA